CCCGCACCGCGCCGGAAAGGGAAGUGUCCGCCGCGGAACGAGGCGGAGUGUGCGCGGCGCGCAUGCGCGGCGCAGGUCAAUGGCGGGGUUAUCCCGCCUGGCGGAAGCUAGCUUUCCAACAUGGCGCGGGAGGCUGACGGACCGUUCAAAGGGCUACUGGUGCCGAUGCUUUUACCUGAGAAAUGCUAUGAUCAGUUCUUCGUCCAAUGGGACUUGCUUCAUGUUCCCUGCCUCAAGAUUCUCCUCAGCAAGGGCCUUGGGCUGGGCAUCGUGGCCGGGUCACUUCUUGCUGCCCCAGAUAUUUAAACUCUUGGGAGCCAAGAGUGCAGAAGGACUGAGUCUCCAAUCGGUGAUGCUGGAGCUCGUGGCUCUGACUGGAACUGUGGUCUACAGCAUCGCCAACAGCUUCCCCUUCAGCUCUUGGGGCGAAGCGCUGUUCCUGGCACUCCAGACAGUUACCAUCUGCUUCCUGGUCAUGCACUACAGAGGAGAGACCGUGAAAGGAGUCGCUUUCCUUGCCUGCUAUGCCAUGGUCCUGCUGAUGCUGCUUUCCCCACUCACGCCUCUGGCUGUAGUCACCCUGCUCCAGGCCUCCAAUGUACCUGCUGUGGUGGUGGGGAAGUUGCUCCAGGCAGCCACUAACUACCGCAAUGGACACACGGGCCAGCUCUCAGCCAUUACAGUGUUUAUGCUGUUUGGGGGCUCUUUGGCCCGAAUCUUCACUUCUGUUCAGGAAACUGGAGACCCCCUCAUGGCUGGUGUCUUUGUGGUCUCUUCUCUCUGCAAUGGCAUCAUUGCUGCCCAGGUUCUCUUCUACUGGAAUGCAAAGGCUUCCCACAAACAGAAAAAGGAGCAAUAGAGUUGAGCUAGCUUCUAGAUUAUUCUAGUUCCACUCAUGCACUCAACUUCAGAGUCCUCCCCACAUGACCUGAUCUGCUUGCGCGAUUUAGCCAUCCUCCAUCCCUCCUCUCACUGCAACCUCCUGAGCCGGGGUGUGGGAAUCGUCAGGCCUGUCUAGGUCCUGUGUUCUCACAUCACCAGCUGGCUGGGAGCCCUCCUCUUGAGCAGCUGUUUUCUUACUGGAGCAGAUGAUUUUGCUCUGUCCACUUACCUUCCUUUUGGACCAAGGACAGAGCCUAGGUAAAUGUGGUUGGAAGCUGGUGGCUGCUUCCCUCUGCUGCCCCAGUUGGAUGGUCUAUUGGACCCUAGUACUGGGGGAGGGAGAAUGACUCAGAUAAGGGCCUCAGGGUUGGGUGGGGAGGUUCCUGCUGUGGCAGGUCCUGGCGGAAGGGUGUGUUAAGGCACUGGUUGCUGCUGUAGGGAGAGAAUACAGGUGGGACAAUAAAGACUCAGAAACACGG